AUGUGUGAUUUGCAAGCUCUUAUAGAAAUUCAAAGGAAUUUAUUGAGCACGGUAAAACGUCUUAAUGAAAGAUUUUUGUCAAAGGACAGCUCGGAAAAGACACGUGGUUAUAUUGAUGCUCUUACUUCAGAGCUUGAAUGUUUAUUUCAGACGUUUAAAUGUCAACACGAUGAAAUUUCAAGAGUCAUUCGAGAAACUUCCUUAAACCCUUCUGAUGUGCCAUAUAUGGCCGAUGAGAGCUUCUUUGAGUUUUCGGAAAUUUACUUUUCAUUUAAGGGCAGACUGCUAGAUAGUUUACCGACUGAUACAACACGUUCUCCAUUAAGUAGCACCUUUGCUAUGCCAACUGGGCAUGCAGAUAUGAGCGCAACUAUGGAUGCAAGACUUCCUAAGAUUUCCCUUCCAAAAUUUUCUGGUGAAUACAUUGAUUGGAUACCCUUUCGUGAUAUUUACUUAUCAUUAGUGCAUACAAACGCAUCUCUUUCUAAGAUUCAAAAAUUUUAUUAUCUAAAAGGAACUCUUACUGGAGAGGCAGCUUCUCUUAUUAAGACCAUUUCCGCCACAGAAGCUAACUACACUUCUGCUUGGAAUAUUUUAGAGACAAGAUAUCACAAUAAACGUGCGAUAGUGGGUACCCUAAUUCAAAAACUUUUUAAUAUUCCAAAAUCUGAUAGCAGUUUUCAAAGCAUUAAAUCCUUAUUGGAUACUACCCAAGAAUGCAUUUCCUCUUUGAGGAAUCUGGACAUUGAUACUACUACUUGGGAUCCAUUAUUAAUAUAUUUAAUUUGUCAAAAACUUGACCUUCAGACAAGAAGAGAAUGGGAACAUUCAUUGAAAUCAUCAACAGAAGUUCCAAACCGCUCAGAAAUGUUUUCUUUCUUAGAAAGAACCUUUAGAUCAUUGGAAUCAUUGAAUGAAUUGGCACCUGCCAACACUUUGCCUUGGAAAUCCAAGAAUGACUUCUUAGCUAAUAGAAACAUUUGCAGAAAUUGUUUAUCUGCCAGUCAUAUUCAAGACAAAUGCAAUAGCUCGAAUAGGUGUGGAACUUGUAAACAGCCUCACCAUACGGUAUUACAUGUUGACGAGUCUGUAUCAGCUCAGAAUUCUAAUAUAAUUCCAUCAUCAACACUUAACUCCAACCAUUUGGCAAAUGAGCCAGUAACUACUCAUAGCUCUCAGUCACCUGUUAAUGUUUUGUUAUAUACAAUACGCCUUUUCGUCAAUUCUAACGCUGGUCAUUUACCAUUAAGAGCUCUUUUGGAUCCUGGUUCUCAGGGAACUUUAAUUUCUGAAUCUGCUGUGCAGAUUUUGCGUUUACCUAAACGGAGGUCACAUUGUAAGGUGAUUGGUGUGGGAACUGAAUGUGAGAGUAUGUCGAAACACUCUGUUUAUCUUGAGUUAAUGUCGCGUUAUAAACGACUUGUGCUAUCUUACACCGCCUUAGUUCUAUCAAAUAUUUCUUCAUACAAACCGAAUCUAUCUUCGAAGGAAAUAAAUUUACCUAACUUGAAUAAUGAGGACUUGGCUGAUCCGUUCUUUUUUCAGAACGAUCCAAUUGACAUUAUUCUAGGCUCUGACGUUUGUUCAAAAAUUAAGAUUCCUACUGAAUCAUUUGUUCAUAAUGAUUUGUUUUUUCAAAAUACGUAUUUCGGAUGGGUUUUUUCGGGCUCAUCCAAAUCAAUGACAUCGAACCAGAUUACUUAUCAUAAUGUUAAUUUGGAGAAUCUCUUAAGGGCCUUUUGGGAGCAAGAGGAGAUUAUUUCUGGCCGAGAUUUAUCUAAUGAAGAAUUGGCUUGUGAGAAUUAUUUUAAAGCUACAGUUAAGCGUAAUUCAUCUGGUCGCUAUGUGGUGAAUCUACCAUUUAGAUCAUUAUUACUGACUGGCGAUUUACCCAAAAUUCAUAACAAUAUGAUCGGUGCUUUGAAACGAUUUCAACAGCUUGAAACUUCCUUUUCUAAGCGUUCAGCAUUCGCCGAAAAUUAUAAAAAUUUCAUGCGUGAAUAUGAGUCUUUAGGUCAUAUGACUAAAAUUGGAACAUAUCCUGGUAGUGUUGAGGAAAAUUCCUAUUUCUUGCCACAUCAUGGCGUUUUUAAAGAAGAAAGCACUACCACAAAAUUAAGGGUAGUUUUUGAUGGCAGUAGCCACAUUGAAGGAAGAAAGUCUUUGAAUGAGGAACUUUCUCCAGGCCCUCCAUUACAGAACGAUCUACCAACAAUUUUGAACAAAUGGAGAAAACAUAGAAUUGCGUUCAGCGCAGAUAUCGAAAAAAUGUUUAGGCAAGUCGAAGUUACUCCUGAACGUCGCAAAUUUCAGCGAAUUUUGUGGCGCUUUAGUCCUCUAGAGGAAAUUUCUGUUUAUCAAUUGAAUACGCUUGCUUUAGAUUAUAAAACGGAUUUUCCAUAUGAAUCAAAACUAUUGAUUUCCGACUCAUAUGUUGACGACAUUAUUUCUGGCGCUAAUUCUUUGGAAAGAGCAAUUACUCUGCAAAGGAAUUUAUGUAGUUUGUUGGGAAAAGGUAGAUGUAAUCUAAGAAAGUGGAUUACAAACUCGGUGGAAUUAUUAGGUGAAAUACCCGAGGAACACAGAGAGAAAUCGUUAACAUUGAAAUUCGACCGUGAUAAUGUUGUCAAGACACUCGGUAUUCAGUGGAAUACAACCACCGAUUCUUUUUCUUUCAAAGUUAAUAUUGAUCAAACCCGUCCUGUUUCAAAGAGAACUAUUUUAUCUGAGACUGCUAGUUUAUAUGACCCAUUGGGUUGGUUGACACCUAGUACUGUUAUUGCGAAGUCAUUAUUUAAGGAACUAUGGGAGAAGGGUAUAGAUUGGGAUGAUAAAAUUCCUCAUGCAAUUGAACAGAAAUGGCUACAAUAUAAAUCCACUCUUGCUAGAUUUACUGAUCUCAGAAUUCCACGAUGGAUACAUUACCGUACUGGGUCUCAAGUUGAACUUCACUGUUUUUGUGAUGCAUCGACAGUGGCUUACGCUGCUGCUGUUUAUGCCAGGGUAAUUACUUCUAAAGGCAUUUUUGUUAAUCUUUUACAAGCAAAGUCUAAAAUAUCUCCGAUAAAGACGGUCUCAAUACCGAGACUUGAACUCUGUGCUGCCACUCUAUUGGUAAAAUUGACCGCAAAAGUCAAAGCUUCAUUUUUGGAUGUGGCAAUCCAGGAAAUUUUCUUUUGGAGUGAUAGCUCCACAGUUUUAAGUUGGAUUAGAAAACCACCAUCAAAUUGGACUGUUUACGUGGCCAAUCGAGUUGCCGAGAUCCAACGUCUUAGUAAUCCUUUACAAUGGAAAUAUGUUCCAUCUGCUUUAAAUCCUGUCGAUUGUGCAUCCAGGGGAAUUUUUCCUCAUGACCUAAUGGAAUUUAGUCGAGUGAAUAAAAAUCUGAAGGAAACUGAUUCUUUAAACGUGGCUACUAUAAAUAAUACUUUAAAAAGGUUACUUAAGAUUACUCAAGCCAUCGAUUUUCCGGAGAAUACUAGGAAACAGAUUUUAAAUGGUGAUGCUAAACGUAACUCACUUUUGAAACUAAUGCCUUUCAUUGGUAAUGAUGACUUUAUUCGUGUAGGUGGUCGUUUGCGUAAUUCUACCUUACCAUAUGAUGUUAAACAUCCAAUACUUUUGUCUAAAAUGAAUCCCCUUUCCAGUCUCAUAAUAAGAGAAGCACAUGAAAACACUUUACAUGGCGGCAUUACCUUGACCAUGUCUUACGUGAACAGAAAAUAUUGGAUAGUAUCUGGCAAUCGGUUGGCUAAGAAAAUUAUAGGUAGUUGUAUACGUUGCUUUAAAUAUUCUGCUAAAUCUGCUACUCAGAUUAUGGGAAAUCUACCUCCGGUGCGUCUAAACGUCACCAGGCCGUUUAAGCAUAGCGGCGUUGAUUACACUGGUCCAAUUUCCGUAAAAAACUCAACUUUCCGAUCUGCUAUUAUAUCUAAAGGAUAUAUUUGCCUUUUUGUGUGUAUGGUAACUAAAGCCAUUCAUUUGGAGGCAGUUUCCGACAUGACAACAAAUGCUUUUUUAGCAGCUUUUCGCAGAUUUGUAUCCCGCAGAGGUGUUUGUACGGACAUUUACUCAGAUUGCGGUACGAAUUUUAUAGGUGCAUCGAAAGAGCUUCAGGUCCUGUUUCACCGGAAUAGAAAAUCCAUUCCUGAAGACUUGCGUAAUUCUUUAGUAUCAUUGGGAACGGAAUGGCAUUUUAUUCCACCUGCCUCACCAAAUUUUGGAGGUCUAUGGGAGGCGGGUGUGAAAUCUGUAAAACACCAUUUAAAACGAGUUAUGCAUGACAAAAUUCUAAGCUUUGAAGAGCUUACAACACUACUUUGCCAGAUAGAAAGUUGUCUGAACUCGCGACCGCUGUGCCCGUUGUCAUCUGAUCCAUCUGAUAUGGAUGCCUUGACGCCAGCCCAUUUCAUAAUAGGAGAGCCAACCAAUUGCAUACCGGAAGAAAAUCUCCUUGAUAUGAAUAUAAAUCGUCUAUCACGAUGGAAGACAAUCCAAAAUCUUAAACAACAUUUUUGGAAACGUUGGUAUUUGGAAUAUCUAAAUCGCAUGCAAGCCCGUCCCAGAUGGCUUAAAUCCACACCAGAUGCCAAAAAAGGUGAUCUUGUUCUAAUUUCUGAUGACAGAUGUGGUCCUGGCCAAUGGCUGAUGGGUCGAAUAUAUUCAAUACAAGAGGUAUCUACACUGCAAUAUGAACCUGUAUCAUCUGCUAAACGGACGGAGCCUGAUCCUGACGCUAUUGACAUUGAAAUUUAA